AGCCUCGGCCCGCGGCCUCCGUCCCGCUCCCAGGCGGGGGUUCUCCUGCCUGCCUCUCCCUUCCUCCUUCGCCCCUUCCCGCCCGGGCGCCGCCGCUACGCGAGAGCCGAGGAGGCAGAGCGGAGCCGGGCCUAGUCGGGAGCCCCGGGGAGUUUGGGGCGCGGGGAGCGGCCCCGGUGCCCCUCGUCGGGGCCCGGCACGGGUGGGGGAGGCGUUGGGGCGGGGGGAGGGGAUGGGGCAACGGCCCUGCCCCUGCCCCUCUGCCGGCUCCAUUGUGUCUGGCCGGGGACUGGGGUCUGGGGUUCCGGAACAAGUUGAAAUCAUCGCAGAAGGAUAAAGUUCGUCAGUUUAUGAUCUUCACACAAUCUAGUGAAAAAACAGCAGUAAGUUGUCUAUCUCAAAAUGACUGGAAGUUAGAUGUUGCAACAGAUAAUUUUUUCCAAAAUCCUGAACUUUAUAUACGAGAGAGUGUAAAAGGAUCAUUGGACAGGAAGAAGUUAGAACAACUGUACAAUAGAUACAAAGACCCUCAAGAUGAGAAUAAAAUUGGAAUAGAUGGCAUACAGCAGUUCUGUGAUGACCUGGCACUCGAUCCAGCCAGCAUUAGUGUGUUGAUUAUUGCAUGGAAGUUCAGAGCAGCAACACAGUGUGAGUUCUCCAAACAGGAGUUCAUGGAUGGCAUGACAGAAUUAGGAUGUGACAGCAUAGAAAAACUAAAGGCCCAGAUACCCAAGAUGGAACAAGAAUUGAAAGAACCAGGACGAUUUAAGGAUUUUUACCAGUUUACUUUUAAUUUUGCAAAGAAUCCAGGACAAAAAGGAUUAGUUUUUUUUAACAGCCUUUCUAAGGGUUCACAGUGCUCUUACAUUACAAGAGUUGGCAGAGAGGAAUUAGAAGAUCAUAGGAGACGAGAUCUAGAAAUGGCCAUUGCCUACUGGAACUUAGUGCUUAAUGGAAGAUUUAAAUUCUUAGACUUAUGGAAUAAAUUUUUGUUGGAACAUCAUAAACGAUCAAUACCAAAAGACACUUGGAAUCUUCUUUUAGACUUCAGUACAAUGAUUGCAGAUGACAUGUCUAAUUAUGAUGAAGAAGGAGCAUGGCCGGUUCUUAUUGAUGACUUUGUGGAAUUUGCACGCCCUCAAAUUGCUGGGACAAAAAGUACAACAGUGUAGCACUAAAGGAACCUUCUAGAAUGUACAUAGUCUGUACAAUAAAUACAACAGAAAAUUGCACAGUCAAUUUCUGCUGGCUGGACUGAACUGAAGAUCAAUCCUCACAAUUCAGACUGAGGGUUGAGACAAAACUUUAAGGAUACAUCUGGACCAUAUCGUAUUUCAUUCUUCUAAUGGUGGUUUGGGCUUGUCUUCUAGUCUGGGCCGCUCUAAACAUUUAUAAUUCCAACAUUGUGGAUUUCAUCUUAUAUCUGUGGACCAUCCUAGUUUAUUCUCCCAUAAGUCUUAGAAGCUUUAUGGUGAUUAUUUUGAGGUUUUCAUUCUCGCAUAAAGCACAAUGCUGUCUUCAUCAGAAAACAGUUGGCAUAAGAAUUAAACAUAUGAACAUCACAAAACAAUUUAUAAAAACUUCUUAAAUAUACGCUUUGGGCUAGUUGCAAAGACUAUGCUAAUAGCACUUCCAAUGAGAGUGAUAUAUUUAAGUGUACUGGAUCUGGAAUGGUGUUUUGGUUUGGGGGGAAUUUUUUUUUUCCUGGCAAAUCACACGUGUUGUUGAUGUGAGUAUCUGAUGAAAAAACAAUGUCAGAAUAACCAACAUGAAAAUUUUUUAGGAUAACUUGGUGCCUACCUGAAAAAUGUAUUGUGUUUUAGACUCUUGAUUUCAAAAGGUUCCACAGAACUUGUCUGCGCUUACCUUACCCAUGUUUAUAUAUAGCUGUCCUACAGGGAGCUUUUAUUUAGAAAAUGUCUGCAUAAUGUUAGAUUCUUCUCCUGUCUACAUUAUGCACUACAUAAUUGGACUUCAUUAUGCUUUUGAAAUGCUUAUCUGCCUGUCACAUAAGUUAAACUAUUUAAUUUGUUUUGAAUGUUUUGGAUUGCUACACAAUACAAUAUUCUAAAUUUAGGCAUGAGGGUUUUUUUGUUUUGUUUUUACUUUUUUUUUGUCAUCGCACUAUGGAACACAAAUGAAAUUCUCUUAAUUUAUAAGAAGAUAGUUGCAGUUAAAUUUUGAAAAUGGUUGUAAUGAGCCAUGAAGUUCAAUCUUUAUAAUAUAGGUACUGCUCUUUCAGACAAAUAGUCCAUUUUCGAUGACUUAUUAUUUUGUUGAAAUUGCUUUAACUGCUAAUCACUGUGGUUGCCAAAUACUUCAGGAGCGAAGAUUUUCAAACAAGCAUACAUGAUGCAAAAUACCAAUCUGGCUUCUAGUCUCUCUACUGUUUUUGUUUCACUCAGAUUAGCUCAGUUUUCUCAUCAAAGCAGAAUGCUAUCUUGUAUGUAUUUUUUUCAUUACAAGACCCAUGAGCUGCUUUUAUUAUGCUGAAAAUGGUUAUUUCCCUGUUCCCUUACUGACAUGUGAAGAAGGGUUUCUUGCUUUGUUAAACAUUUCCGUAAGGCAGGCUAGAAAUGUAAACUUCAAAUGUCAGAUGAUUAUGGUCUUUUGAUAGGAAUACAUUCUGCUUGGGAUAUACAUCAAGCCACUCUCUAAGGUUCUAGGGUUGACAUUAACCAAGGAAUGUACUUUAGAAUAGCAGUACAUUUUAUUGCAAAUAUGGAAAUUAUUUUAAGAAACAAUGACAUAUCAAAACUGCUUUUUAUUUACAUGAUUUUGAAAUAGACUAGAAAGCUUUCCCUAUAAACAUAUUAAUAUUCCAAUCAUAACUUAAAGAGUGCAGUUUUACCAAAAGAAAAAUUUGAAAUUUCUAUUCAGGCUACUGUAAUUGGUUAUUAAAGGAAAAAGGAAAAAGAAGAAUCCUGCUGCUUUCAGUAUUUCCUGAUUUCAUUUUUUGUAAAUAUAAAGAACUUCAAUUAUGAAAAAUUUUUAAAAGAUAUAUAUAUAUAUCUAUAUAUAUAUGUACUGUUUUGUUUCCUGUCUUGAAGAUUUUGAGUUGUGGUUAUUGGUUUCACAUUGAUUAAUUCACAUAUGCUGUGUUUUGAAAUGAGAUCCCAUUAGCUUUUUUUUUUUCCCCCAAUAUAAAGUGUUUUCUUUAAAAGUCUGAUAUUGGUUUGUGGCCUAGUGCCUUGGAUUUUACAUAUUUUUCUUUUUAAAUGCAAAACCUUUUCAACAAAAUAGUGUUUGUCAUCAGGUUGGUACUAAACAUUUAUAAUUACUGUGUAAUUAUAAACAAAAAUACAUAAAGCUUUGAAUAUAAUUAUGUAGCAUAAAAGUUAAGGUUGUUCACUAUGAUGGCAUCUUAGAAUUAAACAAAACUUUUACUAGGGCUGAAAAGAGAAGACUGAUUUAAUGUGGUGUGAUUAUUCUGAAGAUAAAUGUCUGGUUACAGGGAAUAUUUUGUACUAAAACAUGAUGACACAUAUGGCUGUGUGUGUUUGAGUCUGUGUCUGCGAGAGAACCAGAGAGAGAGAGAUUGACAGAGGAAGGGAGACACACACACACCCCUUGAAUUGCUUUAACUUCUAAGCGUUUCAGUCCUCAUUCUGGUAAACUCCCCAUGCUGAUUCUUUGUUUUAAACUGAACCGUAGGUACAGUUUCCUUUUUUGCCAAAUGUCAAAACAGGUACACAUUUUAAAAUGUAAUGCUUUUUAAAUAGAAAAAUGUAUAAAAUUAGAAGUGCCCACAUAUAAAAAAUACUUGAGAUGAAGAUUAUCUUUAGUGAAUAUCAUCUGCAUAUCUCUGUAAGUUCGAUUGUGUUUCUUACAGUCCCUGUCAUAUUACCAACAGAGGCAAUAAAAGCUUCAGUGAAAUUGCCAUGACUAAA